AUGCUCCUCCGGGAUCUGGUGCUGCGCCGAGGUUGCUGCUGGCCGUCACUGCUGCUGCACUGCGCGCUCCACCCGCUCUGGGGCUUCGUGCAGGUGACGCACGGUGAGCCCCAGAAGUCCUGCUCCAAGGUGACCGACAGCUGUCAACACGUCUGCCAGUGCCGGCCCCCGCCCCCGCUGCCGCCGCCACCCCCGCCCCCGCCGCCUCCCAGACUCCUCUCCGCCCCAGCUCCCAACACUACCUCGUGUCCCGCGGAGGAGAGCUGGUGGUCGGGGCUGGUGAUCGUCAUUGCGGUAUGCUGUGCCUCCCUAGUGUUUCUCACUGUGCUUGUCAUCAUUUGCUACAAAGCCAUCAAGAGGAAACCCCUGAGAAAAGAGGAGAACGGCACUGGCGUUGCUGAGUACCCUAUGACUUCCUCGCAGAGCAGCAAAGGGGUGGACGUGAACAGCGCUGUUGUGUGA